AUGUCGACAGCGGACGGCAAGGUGAACGGCCGCAGUGCACAUGCACGUGCGAUACUGGGUCCCGAGCUGUAUGCCCGUCUCUCGGGGACCAAGGUGCUUCUGGUCGGGGCGGGAGGGAUUGGCUGCGAGUUGCUGAAGAACAUCGUUCUAACCGGCUUUGGGCAUAUCACACUCCUUGACUUGGACACCAUCGACCUAUCGAAUCUCAAUCGCCAGUUUCUGUUCCGAAAGAAGGACGUCAAGCAGAGCAAGGCGAUGGUUGCCGCACGAACGGCGGCGGCAUUCAAUCCAAAUGUGAAGAUCGCGCCCAUACACGGAAAUAUCAAGGAGCCCCAGUUCGAUAUUGCGUGGUUCAGGAACUUCGACAUCGUGCUGAACGCUCUGGAUAACUUAGAUGCACGUCGGCAUGUCAAUAAGAUGUGCAUGGCGGCAAACGUACCUCUAGUCGAGUCGGGCACCGCAGGGUACCUUGGCCAGGUCCAGCCUAUCAUCAAGGAUCGUGCUGAAUGCUUCGACUGUAUACCCAAGCCUACGCCAAAGACAUUUCCUGUGUGCACCAUCCGGUCGACGCCCUCCCAGCCGAUUCACUGUAUCGUCUGGGCGAAGAGUUACCUGAUGCCCCAGCUAUUUGGCGAAGACGAGAAUGCUGGCGGUGAGCUAGACGAGGCAGAAAAGCAAGGCGAGAACGCACAAGAGAUCGCCACCCUCCGCAAAGAAGCACUCGCGUUCAAGGCGGUUCGUGCUGCCUUGCGCACGCCUCAUGAAGACGGCUCAUCCAGUGCGGCCAGGAUAGUCUUCCAAAAGGUCUUCCACUCGGACAUCCUCAGCCUCUUGUCCAUGGCGGACAUGUGGCGGUCGCGUGCCCCGCCCACACCUUUGGACUUUGAUGCCAUCAAGGCCGGGACGUUCGCUGUCGAGAGGAAGGGUCAGGCGGAAGCCGCCACGAAUGGCAAUGGGAGCUCAAGUCGUCAUGCAAACGGCGCGAAGUCCAACGGCUCCGAUUCUCAAGCAAGCGGCAGCGCCAGUACAGAGAAAAUGCUGAACGGAGUAGCGUCUUCGACUGGCUCUCAUUCGUCUGCGGGGCUGAAAGACCAGCGAGCCCUCUCAUUGCAAGAUAACCUCGAGCUAUUCGUAUCCAGGCAAGUACUAUGUGAAGACACAAUAUCGUUCGAUAAGGACGAUGAUGAUACUCUGGACUUCGUCACCGCCGCUUCGAACCUGCGCUCAAUUGCGUAUGGCAUCCCAGGCAAGAGCCGGUGGGAGGUCAAGGAGAUGGCGGGGAACAUCAUCCCCGCGAUUGCCACGACAAAUGCGAUCAUUGCAGGGCUAAUCGUCUUGCAAGCGUUCCACCUGCUGCGCAAAUCGUAUAAUGCGCUGCGCAACGUCCAUGUACAGUUCAAACCUACUAUGCCGCUCAGCGCGAUCGGCAUGAGCCAGCCGAAUCCGAACUGCGGUGUUUGCAGGGACACGUACACGGAGAUCCUGUGCGAUCCGGCGCGUGUAACCCUCGGCGAGGUCGUCCAUAGUAUCUUGGGCGAUGGCGGCGAGGCCGGGGGCACUGGCAAACGCGAUGUCAGCGUGUAUGAGGACAAGCGGGUGCUGAGCGAUCCGGAUUGGGACGAUAACAACGAGCGGACGCUCGAAAGCCUCAACGUCACAAGAGGCAAGUUCUUGUCGAUUGUGGAUGACGAGGGCGAGUAUGCGACGAUUCAAGUCGGAAUCGGCGUGCUGCCGCCAAACCAUCUUAUCGAUAGUCCUGCCUUGAUUUUACCCUCGCCAUUACCCUCGCCACCCAAAAAGGCCAAGGCAGUGGCGCCGCGUCCUGUUACUCCACAGCCGACUGCCGUGAAACGGUCGGCACCCGACGACGACGACGACGUUGAGCCGGCCGCGAAACGAGUGAAGACGAAUGGCGCUAUGUCGAGUGGACUCAUAACCACCCCGAGCAAGAAGAGGAAGUUGGAGGAAGACGGGCUCAUCCUGCUAGAGGAUGCCACCGAGAAGCUGGACGAUGAUGUUAUAGUGAUCGAAUAA